AAAUGAUUUAUUGUUGUGGUUGCAGUUUCCUGAACUGCAUCUUACUGGCAAGUGGUUUGAAUAUUUUGAGCCCUUCGUGAAGUUAAAUAAGCUAUCACCAAUUUUAGGAGGCAAUGCAGUUCCACAGCACCGCCAAUUCAACAAAAAAACACUGAUGUAACCUUUUAAUCACAGACAAAAACUCUGCUUUAGUGCCCUUGUUCUCUAUCUCAUAGAAGUAGAUGAUGUAUAUCAGGGGUGUCAAACUCAUUUUUCUCGCAGAGCCACAUCGUUUCAUUGUCCCAUUUCUUUCAGAGGGCCAGUAUGACUGUGAAACAAAAAUAUUUAGUCAUCCAGUCAUAUUUACAUCAUCAUUUUAUGAACAAAUUUUGGAAUCAGAAAUCAAGGGUAAUAUGUUUUCGAACUAUUCACACAAAAAAUGCUUGUAAUAACUAAACCUUAUUUAUGAUAUAUGACAAUUUGAAAUUUUGGUACAUAUUUUGACAAGAAUAAUGGAAAUUGACACUCUAGAUUUGGCUUCGUGGGCCACAUAAAAUCAUGUGGUGGGCCAGAUCUGGCCCCCGGGCUUUGAGUUUGACACCUGUGAUGUACAUUAUCGGAUUCCCCCCCCCCCCCCAUUCAAGUUUCAGGUCAAGCAAUCACCGAGGGGAUGACAUUUAUCGUUUGAAGUCAUUUCCAACUCUAAAUAGUUCUAUUUUAAAAUAUCAGAAUAACAUGCGACAUACAAUUACGGAGACCAUUUAGAAACGGGGCGGCGGUAUCAAACUGGUCAGUGAAGAGUUAAACAAGGUGUCUCCCUUAAUUAUCCAAGUCUGAGCUGGCCCCAGGCAGGAGAAGCCUUGACCCUUAGCAGGAUCCAGAUGUGGCGGUCCCAAGGGUGGGACCCUCAGCCCCGCCAGACCCCCAAGAGGGGAGCAGACAGACCGGCCCUGCUUGCCAGUGGCGCGCUCGCAAAUUUGAGAUGGCUGCAAAGAGUAUUUUUCACCAACAAGCCGCCACUGAAUGUAACCACACUCAAUAAAACAUCUUUUUAAAAAAAAAAAAGUGAUAAUGCAGCAGGGGUUGACAACCUACGGCACGUGGGCCGUAUAGUGUCUGUGAGAACUUUGGAUCCAUCUCUGCGUGACAUUGUUAAAAAAAAAAAAAAAUCGUCCUUUGAGGAUUUAAAUGAAUUAGAAUUUAUACACAUUUAUCCAAUGUUUAAAACGUGUUACUGGUGAUAUGUUUUUAAGAUUGGGAGAAAAAUGUACAUGCAAAACUAAGAUUUUUUUCCCCCCUCUUUUUGUCCCAAGUUAACAGUUUUGUAAGGGGAUACAGAAAGAAUAAAAGAGGUUCAGGUGGAAAUAAGAAUCUUUCACCAUAAAGGAACCGAGCCAGACUACAAAAACGUUUUUUUUUUCUUUAAACAAACUCUAAAAGAUGACGUUUGUACUUCCUGCGGUGCCACACGUGUAGAACAGACUUUUUGGUGUUGCGGGGCGGUGAAUGCAUGGAUGUAAUUUAUGGCUUCUGUGGGAAGUGUUCACCUUGACGUGGAGGCUUGUAAUGGAAAGAAAUAUUGCAACAAGCUCUCCGGUUUGUCAUCUUUCGGUGAUUUGCAGCCUUUAGUCACCUUUCUAUCAUGUCCACAAUUUGACUUUAAAAUACAGACGUUGCCAGAUGGGAGCGGGCGAACGUGACUUUUUUUUUUUUUAUUAUUAUUUUAAAACCAAACAAUGUCAUUGUUAUUAUAACACCCCCACCAUUUUGAUUUGUCAUUAAAAAAAAAAAAAUCACGUGAAAUUCUUCCACAGCAGGCUGCCAUCCUGUAAAUAUUUCCGAGCUUAAAAAAAAAAAAAAUAAUAAGUGCAACAUAACAGAGUGAACGCUCAAUUGUUUUGCCUGCUUAUCUCCUCCGGACAGUAUCCUGCUUUUUUUUUUUUCCCUUUUUUUUUUUGAAGGCAGGGCUUUUGGGUGACACACAGCUUCCUUCUCUCAACCUUCCUUCGCAACAACAGCAAGCAGGCAAGCAGGCAAGCGAGCGAGCGAGCGGCGGUGACUUCACUUCCCAAAUUUAGGAAAGAAAAAAAAAAUAGAGGAGCAAAAAAAAAAAAAAAAGUGUCUCUCUCUUCGCCGCACAUAACGGGACUUGGAAGCUGGAAUUAAUUCAGGAGCGUGUCAUGUUUGGGAUACCGUCGAAGUCCACUGAAAGUCGCGCAAAAUGGACGGAACUAUUAAGGAGGCGCUAUCAGUGGUGAGUGAAGACCAGUCCUUAUUUGAGCCUCCGUACGCCGCCGCUGCCCCUCUCCCCAAGACAGACAUGACUGCAUCUGGCGCGCAGGACUACGGCCAGACUCACAAAAUCAACCCAUUACCCCCGCAGCAGGAGUGGAUCAACCAGCCAGUCCGAGUCAAUGUCAAGCGGGAAUAUGAACAUAUGAACGGAUCGAGCAGGGAGUCUCCGGUGGACUGCAGCGUGGGUAAAUGUAAUAAGCUGGUGGGGAGUAACGAGACGUCUCAAAUGAACUAUGGAAACUAUAUGGAUGAGAAGAAUGCCCCACCCCCCAACAUGACCACGAAUGAACGGAGAGUCAUUGUACCAGCCGAUCCUUCGUUGUGGUCUCAGGACCACGUAAGGCAGUGGCUUGAGUGGGCCAUCAAGGAGUACGGCCUGUUGGAGAUCGACACGUCCAUGUUCCAAAACACGGACGGCAAAGAGUUAUGUAAGAUGAGCAAGGAUGACUUCCACCGACUCACGACCAUGUACAACGCUGAAGUUCUUCUCUCUCAUCUCAAUUACCUCAGGGAAAGUAGUUCAUCAUUAUCCUACAAUACACCAUCUCACACAGACCCAUCCCCACGUCUGACUGCCAAAGAAGACCCUUCGUAUGAUGCUGUACGGCGGACAGGAUGGUCAAACAACAUGCACAGCGCCAAAGGCUCACCAGUUGUGACUCAGAAUGUGACCAAGACUGCCGAGCAGCCCAGAGCUCAACCAGAUCCUUAUCAGAUACUUGGUCCCACCAGUAGCCGCCUAGCCAACCCUGGUUCAGGCCAGAUCCAACUAUGGCAAUUCCUCUUGGAGCUCCUGUCGGACAGCGCCAACGCCGGCUGCAUCACAUGGGAGGGCACCAACGGCGAGUUCAAGAUGACGGACCCGGACGAGGUGGCGCGCCGUUGGGGAGAACGGAAGAGCAAACCCAACAUGAACUACGACAAAUUGAGCCGAGCGCUGCGCUACUACUACGACAAAAACAUCAUGACCAAGGUGCACGGCAAACGCUACGCCUAUAAGUUUGACUUCCACGGCAUCGCCCAGGCUCUGCAACCGCACCCUACCGAGUCGUCUAUGUACAAGUACCCCUCGGACCUAGCCUACGUGCCUUCGUAUCAUAGCCACCAGCAAAAGGUCAACUUUGUGUCCCCUCACCCUCCGUCCAUGCCAGUUACCUCCUCCAACUUCUUCGGACCAACUGCUCCAUACUGGAGCUCGCCCACUGCUGGCAUCUACCCCAACCCAAACGUCCCCCGCCACCCGAACACCCACGUGCCCUCCCAUCUGGGCAGUUACUAUUAAACGCCCACCCGCUAAGCCCGCCAUUGCUGACCUGCACUCCCCACGAAGCAAUACCGUAAUGAAGGUAAUGAAGAGGCGUGAUGAAAUCGAAUGAUACGUAUUUGUCAAUCAUUUCUAAACAACUGGAUGCUACGGUCCUGAAUGGAAUACUACUUACCUUUAGAAGACUUGUUUGAAAUAUUUGGGACACGUGCGUUUAUCUUCCACUUCCUCUCCUGAAAGCUGCAGCCAGUUUCUCUCCAAAAUGUUUGCUUGCCAAGCCAAAGUGCGAGGACAGAGGAGCAAUCGCGUCUGCCUCCUCAGCCCAGACAUGGCCCUUUAUUUACGGGUCUCAAUCGACAUCCUCCUGAGUACAUUACAGCCAUUAUGCUUGAAAGCAUCUGCUCUUUCCACCAUCUACAACCUUGUCGGGGUUUGUUAUUCCCACCGCAUCGAAGCCUUCAUCUUUUUCCCGCUGCCUCUGUACCAUUUGAUGUUUGUUGAGAGUCUUCUGGAAUUCGCUGGAAAAGACGCCCCCCCCCCCCACACACACACACACAAGACACGGACCAUUCUCGGCACUGAAUGAAAGUUGACAACUGGAAUACGCCAUUCACAAUUUAAUUUAUCCUCCAAACUGGAAGGCGAGAGAGGAGUUGAAGAGCAGGGAAGGAAGCGCUGUAUGUCUGCUGAACUGUCAGUUGUGCUUUAAAUGCUUUCUGCGUCGCGUGCGGAGUUGAUGACGGGCAAUGUGUACGGCUGCGUUGUGGCGAGGGAGCCGUGUCGAGGCAAUUGAAGCAAUUUUGCGACCAAAUCAACCCAGGCCGACGCGCUCGGCUAUGAAAAGUUUACCGCGUUGUCGCCUUGAAGCCAUGUUCUGUCUCUCGACCAUGUCAGUAUUAAUGUGAAUGUUAUCCGGUUCGUGUCUUAAAAGAGGAUGCAAAAAAAAAAAAAAAAAAAAUCAAAGAUUGUCAGGUGUUUUCAUUAAAGCCAUUCAAUUUUGAUGUUUCUGUUCAUUCUAAAAUAUGAAAUGCCAUACUUGAUUUGGCUGGAGAUGCAUUUUAACAAGACUCCAAAUAUAGAAUAAGUACAUUGAAAUAAAGUGACUGCAUCCAGUGCACUAUAUGAUGAAAUGAGCAUUAAAACCACAACAGUGUUAGUAUUUUUUUUUUUUAAACUGCUGUUUGGCCCAGUCCAUAUCGGUGUUGAAAUAUUCCCUGAUGAAAAAUCUGACAAUUUUUGAUUUGUUUUCUGACUGCCACUGUUUCUCAUCUCCUCUUGGGUCCAGUCAGGAUCACGCAGGCCACGCUGAGAAGUGGCUUUUUCAGUUCGUAGACAGUGUCAGGUUGCAUAUUACCGGGGCUGGAUCCUAGUUUGAGAGCAGCAUGGAUGCUUGAAUGUUAGUUUCUCACUGAUCUUAAGGCCAGAUAAACAUGCACGUGGACUUCCUGCUCGUAUAAUCGCAUCAUAUCAUAAGGUUUUCAUCUUCAGGUGUACAUGCUGUGAUUAGCAAAUGCGUUCCGUGACCAGCAAGCGAAAUGGACACUUGAAAGCAAAUCACUUUUGAUUAAGUUUAUCGGAGAACAAAACCAAUUUCAAAUAUGACGAGAUGAAACAAAGAAUUCCUCAGAUUCGCAAACGCUGUGCGUUUGUCAGACCUAUUUUUUAUUAUUUUAUAUGCAUCAGUCAACUAGGCAUUAAAGCAACUUACUGUAUAAAUUAUGCAGAGAUAUUUUCAUAUGUGACAGUAUUAAAAAGACGAGAAUUAAUACGAGUUGACCUCGGUCAAAAAAAAAAAAAAUGCAAACCUUUGAAGUCCAUUUCUGCUCAGUAGUUUGUUCUGCAUUUGAAGCGUUUUUAUAUUUGUACAUUUGGGCAAUAAAUUUGUAGCUUUUUUUUUUCUUCUUUUUGUAAUUAUUUUUCAUGAGACUGUGUAACACCUUAAGUGCCUUUGUGUGCACAAGCUAUUUUAGCCUUCUCCCAAAAAAAAAAAAAAAAAAAAAAAAAAAAAACAA